CAAAUCUAUGGACAUCAGAAAUAGCGCUGAGUACUUUUCCAAGCUUGAGAACUGUACUGUGAUCGAAGGCUACCUCCAGAUAGUGCUCAUAGACCAUGCAAAACCCAGCGACUAUGCCGGACUCAGCUUCCCGAAGCUACGUGAGAUCACAGAAUACUUUGUGAUGUUCCGGGUGAAGAACCUUCAGACCCUACGCCACAUCUUCCCCAACCUUGCCGUGAUCCGAGGGGACAGCCUGUUCUUCAACUAUGCCCUGAUCAUCUUUGAGAUGUUUGAGCUCCAGGAGAUUGGUCUUCCUAGUCUUCAGGCGGUGAUGAGAGGCUGGGUCAGGAUAGAGAAGAACAUCAACCUAUGUUAUCUCUCAACGGUGGACUGGUCCUUGGUCCAGGUCCAGGGGAUGGAGAACAACUUCAUCAAGGGCAACAAAGACCAAGAAGAGUGUUUCAACUUCUGUCCGGAGGAUGAUGGCAAGAGACUCUGCCGCAAGUUGACAGCUACUGGGGAUGUUGCGGAACUCUGUUGGACAGGUCAAGACUGCCAGAAAGGGCAGGGGCAAGUUCCAUGUUCGAUUUCACUCCUUGGGAAAAGAAUGGAAGCAGAGAGAUGUGUCUCAAGUUAAGGACUAAACAGAAAAAAAUAUGAAAGACAGAAGGGAAGAAAGAGAAAGAGAGAGAGAGAAAGAGACAUACGGAGGGACGAACAGAGGGAGUUGGUUUGUACAAUUGUAAAUGGAGACGGAAGAUUGGAUUCACAAAUCUCAUAACUUUUCUCCCAAUUCUGAGUCUCUUAAAGUAAACAGGGUAUCCGUGACAUGGCUUGCCCAUACCUCACAGCACUCUUGUGUCAAAUGUUACAUAUUAAAUCAAGUUCAUUGAGUGUGUUUCGCAUGGCACAUGACGGAGUCCGGCUGAUGUCUCCCUGAGGAUGAAAACACUUGGGACUUUAUUCUCCUCUAUUCCAUUAUUCCUUCAUUUCCUUGUUUGCUCCUAAUGAGUUUAUGAUGUCGUCAUUAGGCCCUAAUUGUGGGCUUUCAGGUCUCCAUGGCAACAGGCAUCUUCUGUUAACCUUGAUUUUAAUCUGAGUGCUAGCAAAAGCUGAUGUCACCUUUGUUGAGGAUGUACAUGUAAGAGAAAGCUGGCUUCAAAUUCAAUGAGUUGAAUAUGCAAAUCCUGUAUUAAAGGGCAAAAGCACUCUAUUUUGUGAAACAAUUAAGAGAGCUGUGUGGGAUGCUACAGCAGGAUGUUUCGCAUGCAGCAUGAAAAAAAUAUGUCCUUUAAAUCAGAGUUCAGAAACUUAUUAAAUAAAAAAAUGUAUUCUUUGCUGCUUCUGUGUUGUCUACAACAUCACAAUAUGAUCUGUAUGAUUUUUAAAGUUUGAGCACACUUGACUAGUAAUUGCAAAUCGGUGGAUUAUAUGGUGUGCCACCUAUUGAUGUUUCAGCAAACAGGCCGAAAUUCGUAAUGCCUCAUGGGAAAAAUUCGACAUCUGUUGCGCUCGCUAGUACUAAAGUGAAUGCAUGCAUGCAAUCAUUCAGGGCUGGCUGGCACGGCGAAAAAUUUGCUCGCAUAUUUUUAUGCGAAAUUUAGACCGUUUGUGGUGAAUUCUUGCCAUCUGGUUUUCAUUUUUGAAACAUCACAGUCAUGUUACAGUACACUAGCACUCUGCGCAGCCUGUGCCUGUGCGCGAUGUCGACCACGAAGUUAGAACUCUCGCCUGUUUGCUGCAAACGAUAGAUUAUCCAUCAUACAGUGUAUUGUGAAUCUACCAAAUUACUUUUAGAUUGAGAAAAAAAGAAACCCAGGUGAAAUAUUUAUUUGGUCAGUGUAACCAUCUGGACAUUAUUCAUUUUAUUAUUGAUUCUGUUCUUCAUCUAUGCAAGAAAAGGGUUAUUUUCCCAUAAUCUAACAUGUAAGUGUUGGCCUAUAAAUAUUUAUUUUAAUUUUAAAGAAAAUUAUGUUAAAGAGAAAUUCCAGUAGUUGCAGUAAACACU